AUGACCUCUCGCUUUCUUGAUCGCUGUCAUGAUUCCCUCUGGUGUUCCCUCCAUGGCAUCAUCCUUAACAUCCCGCCUACUCGCCUGCCCCUCUUUCCAGCUCUAGCAGGCUCGGUCUGGUUCCUGACUCUGGCUUCGCUGCUCCUCACCUGGAUUGCCCGGGGGAUGCCUCAAUAUCCCGGGCAGAGUAACCCCCAUGUUGCCUUCAUAUCCGACAUCGCCUCGUUUGAACUCAAACCGUUAUUCCUCGUAGGCGCCUCCAUCACCGCCGUAGGAUUUGCCUUUACCGUCGCGACGGUGCACGUCGUCCGCUAUGAACCCGGCUUCGCCUUGGUCCGAUGUCCCGCGGUACACUCUUCCACUGCUACUACCGGCCAUGAAGAACCCCCGCUUGCGCCAGGCAACAACGAUGACGAUGCAAACCCCAACUCCCACGCCCAUCCCCACUUGAAUGAACACGAUGGCGACGAUGACGAGGACCACGAAACCACCAAGACCCUCAAGGUCGUCUCGCUGCUGGCUAUCUUUGCCGCUAGCGUCGCCAGUACCGCCCUCAUCUUGCUGGGCGUCAUGGACACCUUCCGUUACAAGCGCUUGCAUCAUCUCUUUCUCCGCAUCUGCUUCUCCGGGCUCGCCGUGCAAUCAGCCUGCACCGCCAUCGUCUAUUCCAACGAGGUCCUCGGCUUCGUCUCCUAUGUCUACCAUCUAGGUAUUUGGCAACAUGAUUGGGGGAAAAGAAGCCAACGCGUGAGAGUCUUCGCCUCGCUCUCGACGGCCCUGAUCCUCGUCGAAGUCUUCCUCGCCGCCGCGUUCAUAUCCCUCACCGUCUCCGAGGAGAAUCCCAUCUCCACCUACCGCACGGCCGGUAUCCUGGAAUGGAUCAUUGCGUUCCUGGGCACCGUCUAUCUAUGGCUGUUCUGUGGCUUUUUGGACCGAACGAAUUUCGACACUUGCGUGCCCAGUGUCCUGUAUCGCCCUCCGUCGCACAGGAAACCCUCCGGGCAAGUGCUCGGCUCGUCUGCGAGUGCUCUCCCUCUAUCACCCGACCCGGGCCUCGAUCCGGAACGUGCCCCGUUACUGGCUCAUGUAGAAGGAGCAAAAUAUACAUAG